AUGCCCGACGAGACCGAACCCCUGCUCCCUCGCUACGAGGAUGACACCCCACGCCAGCGUCAGCUCCAUGAGAAGCUCCACUCCUACCAGAUGGUCCGCGCCCUCUCAGAGGGAUACAUGCCAUCAACCGAGCAGACCAUUGCCAACCUCCGCACCUUACUCGCAUCCGAUGUCCUCAGCAUCCGCAAUCAAGACAUCGGCAGUGCCGGGCGCCAGCUAGUCCGGGACUGCCGGCUAGGGAUCCAGGUGGUCAUUGAGGUUCUGCAGGAGAAGAACGGCCAAGAUCAGCUGCAGGAGUUCUUGUGGCAUCUGUCGCGCUCUCGCAUGGCACUGGAUCGCUCGAAGCUCUCGCAGCAGGCCGGCCAGGUGAAGGCUCGAAGCGAUGUCACAGCCGCUUAUGAUAGCUUUCGAACGGUUGGGGGCUUGCUGCUCACCAAUGCUGACUUUCGUCUCUUCGUCGAUGAUGUCGCUACUGUUGGCCGCCAGAUCUUUUCCGAAACGGCCGCGUCGCUGUCCGAGACCUCGAAACAGGUCGCGGAACAGGUCAGGCCGUCCGCGCAAGAACAACAAUCUCUUCAAGGACCAGGGGCUGAUGAGGGAAAGGCUCAAUCGGGAGAGGACUUGAAGAACGAAGCCGUCAAUGUGGCUGAUGUGACUGGCAAGGGAGUCGCUCGCACCGGCCAGGAAGCCGUUGAGAGUGCUCGGGAGCAUCUCUCGGGACCGGAGAGAGAUACAUUAUUAAAUCGGUUGAAACAGACAAUCCAGAAACUACGGCAGCGGUCGGAUUACUCGGACUCGGUGUCAACCAUUGCGCAGUUAAUCCAGCGCUACGCCAAGCUCUACGCGAGUGCCGUCGAGGAAACGGCUUCUGUUGCCCAGGGAGACAUCGACAUCAAUACAGACCUCAAGCAGGCGACGGAUCAGUUCUGGGGCUUGCUGCGGUCGUUUGGUCGCGCUGAGGAGUGGGACUGGCUUCAACAGAACUUCCACGAUGUCUUGCGCCACGCAAAUCAAGACCCUGAGUUUGAGCAGCUGAUGGGCGACGUGGGCAACUCCCUUCAAGAUAUGCUCACCGACCCUAGCUUUUUUGACGCCGCUCCCCAAAAGCUUGAAGAGCUCAAAGAAAAGUCCGAGAAAUUGGGCUCCGAAACAACUUUACGCAAAGACGUGGACAAGUUACUGGCCCAAGCUAAGCGCACGCUCCGGACCGUGCCUGAUGACCCUGCAGUAUCUAAAGUUGUCAACGCCACCAAGAAGCUCCAUCAAGAUGUGUGGAAUGCCUACGGCGACCGCAAGUCUGACCUUCCCUCGGAUCUGCUCAACGUCUUUCUUCCAGUUGUCUUGAGAAACAUUCAAUACAUCCCGAUCCCACGUUUGGAGAUCGCCGCCCCAGAAAUGGACUUGUUGGUCGAGAGCCUAGUAUUACAGCCGGGUCACACAGUCCACUUCUCCUCGUUUCUUCCCCACCGCAUGCAUCUUGCAACUCGCAAUGACAUCGAUGUUGUGAAGAAACACGCCAAGCGCACCGAGACUGCCAUCAAAACCGCGUUUACGGUGACCGUCCAGGGCCUGAAUAUCAGCGCUGAGGACUUUGGGUAUUGGUUCCGCACGCACACAGGCCUUUUCUUCCACUUAAGGGAUGAAGGUAUCGGCAGUUUCUAUCUCGACCAACGCGGCAUCGACAUCUCUCUUGAUGUGGAGGUAGGCCGAGACCGGCUAGAGCAGAUUUUCGCGCUGCGCGGCGUGCGAGUGCGCAUCCACAAGCUCGAUUAUAAGCUCCAGCGUAGCAAGUGGAAGUUCCUUCUGUGGCUCACCCGGCCCUUCCUGAAACAUCUCAUCCGGCGUGUGCUGGAGAAGAAGAUCGCCGAGGAGAUUGUUGCCGCUGCUGUGGCACUGAAUCGCGAGCUGGUCUUUGCGCGCGAACGCCUACGCGCUGCUCGCAUCGCUAAUCCGCAGGACUUGGCCACUUUUGUGCGCGCGGUGCUCGCACGCCUGAAACCACCCAGUGGCGAUGUCGAGACCCAUGUUAGUCUCAAUGCACCCAAGAGCAGUGUCUUCCAGGGUAUCUAUGCCCCUGGCAGUGUUGUCAAGACGUGGCAGGAGGAGGCCUCUCGUGCUCAGGAGGCUAUCGAGGACGGCGACGAAACUGGUGGUUUGGGCCAUACGUGGCGCAACGAUAUUUUUGAUGUUGCUGGAACACGCUGA